AGGCAGGACGAGCCUCGACCCGCAGAGGAGCAGCAGCCAGACCGGCGGCAACUCGGCAGGCUGCUCCCUGAAGCGCUGCCCCAGGCGCGGGACUCGCACCAUGGCUCUGUGCGGGAAGAGCUGGCUGGCCAACGAGGGGAGCAAGCACCUCUGCCUGCUUUUCUGGUUCUCCCUCAAUGUGGGGCUCUUCUGGAAAACCUUCCUGCUGUAUUACCAUGGGCCGCAGUACUACUACUUACAUCAGAUGCUAGGUCUAGGAUUGUGCAUUAGCAGAGCUUCAGCAUCUGUCCUCAAUGUCAACUGCAGCCUGAUCCUCUUACCGAUGUGCCGUAUUCUCCUGGCCUUCCUCCGAGGAUCUCAGAAGGUUGCCAGCAGGAAAACAAGAAGACUGUUGGAUAAAAGUAAAACUUUCCAUGUAACAUGUGGUGUUACUAUAUGUGUCUUUUCAGGCUUACAUGUUGCCGCACACCUGGUGAAUGUCCUGAACUUCUCUAUGAACUAUACUGAAGAAUUUUUGGCUCUGAAUGCAGCAAGCUACCGUGGUGAGGACCCCAGGAAACUCCUUUUUACUACUGUUCCAGGACUGACGGGAGUCUUGAUGGUGUUAGUUUUAUUUCUAAUGUGUACAGCUUCUACAUAUGCUAUCAGGCUUUCAGACUAUGACAUCUUCUGGUACACACACAAUCUUUUCUUUGUCUUCUAUGUGCUGCUGAUGGUGCAUGUUUCUGGAGGAGUGCUUAAGUACCAGAUUAACCUAGAGGAACACCCUCCUGGCUGCUUUCAUCCUAACACAUCUCUCCAAGAGGAUAUUCCAGUGCCAGGAAGCUUUGAAGAGCCUUUUCCUGAAUAUUCUCCUGAGGCUUUCCCACCAGAACCAGAACAAUUUGUCGAAAAGAACUUUGUGGGAAUUUGCACAGAGGAACCCAAGUUCCAGUCACACUUCCCAGAGACUUGGCUUUGGAUUUCUGGACCUUUGUGCUUAUAUUGUGCAGAAAGGCUCUACCGCUAUUUCCGCAGUAAUAAACCAGUCACAAUAGUGUCAGUAAUAAGCCAUCCCUGUAAUGUCCUUGAACUACGAAUGAGGAAAGAAAAUUUUAAAGCAAGACCUGGUCAGUACAUUAUUCUGCACUGUCCAAGAGCGUCAGCAUUAGAAAGCCAUCCAUUUACGCUCACAAUGUGUCCUACAGAUACCAAAGCAACAUUUGGAGUCCAUCUUAAAAUAGUGGGCGACUGGACAGAAAGAUUUCAAGAUUUACUGCUUCUCCAUUCAAGGCAGAACACAGAGAUUCUACCCAACUUUCAUCAAAGGAAUUAUCCCAAGGUGUAUGUAGAUGGUCCUUUUGGGAGCCCCUCUGAAGAAUCCUUGAAUUACGAGGUUAGCCUCUGUGUGGCUGGAGGCAUUGGAGUAACUCCAUUUGCAUCAAUACUGAACACGCUGCUUGAUGACUGGCAAUGCUACAAGCUCAGAAGACUUUACUUUAUUUGGGUGUGCAGGGAAAUCCAGUCUUUUCUCUGGUUUGCAGAUUUGCUGUGUAUGCUGCAUAACAAGCUUUGGCAGGAAAAUCGUCCAGACUACAUAAACAUCCAGCUGUACCUCAGUCAAACAGAUGGGAUACAGAAAACUAUUGGGGAAAAAUAUCAAGUCCUGAAUUCAAGACUUUUGAUUGGACGACCUCAUUGGAAACUCCUUUUUGAUGAAAUAGCCAAGUGUAACAGACAGAAAACAGUUGGCGUUUUCUAUUGUGGACCAAAUGAAAUCUCCAAGGUACUCCACAAAUUAAGCAACAGCAACAACUCCUAUGGGACAAGGUUUGAAUACAAUAAAGAAUCCUUCAGCUGAAAGUCUAUGGGACUGACAGGACUCUAUGGAAGAAAGAAGUGCAAUUAUUUUUUGUAAGACUUCAGAGUCAGAGCUUUGUGUUAAGCACACACAAUGUACCAAAGAGUAGCAGGUUCUUAUUUAUGAAUAUUUAAAACUCUGAAACAGGGAGAGUUGAGCAGAGUACCAAGCCACAUCAAGUGUUUAUGCUCAAAGCCAAAAGGGCUCAAAGAAUAUUUGUUAUGUUGGAAGGGAUGAUUCAUUUAUCAAUGUAUAAAUUACUGGUAAUUUUAAAAAAACAGGGAAAUGCAUAGUUGCUUUUAUGGCUGAUUCCAAAACAAUCUAUGGAAUGUCUGAAAUUUCUCCACUUCAGCUUGCUAACCUCAGUCCUCUGAAAAUGGGACUGGUUAAAUACCAGAUUGAUCAGAAUUAAAAAUGCUUUGCAAAACA